AUGGUGAAGGAGAACAAUUGGGAUAUUCCUCCAAACGCGCCCGCCUGCAUGGAGCAGCAGCUCUGCGCGGCCCGCUACAGAGCAGAUGGGUCAUUGCUGCUCGCUGCUUCCAGUCUGACCGGCAGAAACUGGCAGGGCUCUGUGUGGGUCUACAGUGACCCUACACAGGCUCCCAACGAAGGCUUCUGUAAGGCGGGCGUUCAGACAGAGGCCGGAAUUACAGACGCAAAGUGGCUUUCCGAGAAAGACUUUGUCCUCGCAUCUGACUCUGGUGCAUUAGAGCUGUGGGAGCUGACGGACAAUGAGAGUUUGCUAGUGAACCGAUGGACCAAAUAUGAGCACGACGAUAUAGUGACCAGUGUGAGCCCCAUGUGUGCGGCGAGUGGAGCUGUGACCGGCAGCAUGGACUGCAGAGUUAAAGUCUGGGAUCUAAGUCAAGAGACUGCCGUCGCCACCUAUCAUGCUCACACGCAGCCUGUGGACUGUGUUGUUUGCAGUCCAACAGAUGACUCUUUGUUUGUGUCAUGUGGACAAGAUGGCCGAGUGUUGUUGUGGGACAAAAGGAAGUCGACUAAACCAGCCUCAAAAUUAGAUGUACCAAGUCCUCUCUGCUCCUCAACAACUGUAGCCUGGCACCCACACCACAAAAGCACAAUCGCAAUUGGCGAUGAAUUGGGUAGGGUUACUUUAUUAGAUUUCAAGACGGCGGAGCCGGCUCUGAUUCAAAACGUCCACAGUCGCAGAGUGAAUGAACUGUCCUUCUCCACACACAGCUCUGCUCUGCUGGCUUCAACCAGCGAUGACUGUUCUGUAGCGGUGUUUGACUCUGAACUCAAAGAAAUAUAUCGAGACCGGCGUCACCAGGACUUUGUCAAAGGCGUGAGUUGGCUUCAUGGAAGCUCCACCUCUCUGAGCACUGUGGGCUGGGACCAUGCGGUUCUGCACCACACAGUGGGCUCAGUUCCCAACUCCUCCUAG